AUGUCGUUUUUAACAGAAUAUUUCGAUGAAUACCGGCAGCAUCCUAUUAGGAAAACUAAACUAUGUCGUCCAGAAAACCGCUGGGCAAAACUUGACCGCAAAUGGCUGGACCUAAAAGUUGGCACGGAGGAGAAAGCCUGGACAGAAGAGGAGAUAGAGAAGUUCAUUAAGGACACUAUGAAAAGCAUCCGUGGCCAGUCUACGUACUACAACGACUAUUGCGCAAAUUUAUCACCCGAAUUCAAGACGCGUCCAUUCCAACCACGAGAGAAAAAGAAAAAGCCUUGUGUAGUGACAGAAGAAAUAGAAACACUUUCUCCUCAACCACAAAAGCUUGCUAUGAAAGACACGGAGCUCAUGAAUGUGGCACGUGAUAUGUAUGAGGGAGAUGGAGAGAAACCUACGUUGGAGCCCUUGCCAACGCACUUUAGAAUUCUGGGAUACGUACGCCCCUGUUACUUCAACACCGGCAGAACAGACUACCAGGAGGGCAUAGCGCGUCUGGCGUACGAGCUGGUGCGAGACGACAGAAUACCGCAGUACCACGCGCACAAUGGUUGUCGACCGCGGUGGGGCCUUCCACCGGAAGGGAUACGCCAACCCGAGCUUGAUAUAGUGCCGUUCAACCAAGAAAGACUUUACUGA